AUGACUUUCAGACCCAUUUUGCAGUUGGCUCGGGCUCAGGCUCUGGGCCCACACACUCGACGGCUCGCGACGUCCAGUGAGGCAUCCUCCUCGGCGAAUUUGAGUCGAUUUGAGCCGAAUAACACCAUUGAUUAUGCUGAUCUGGUUCGGAAGAUUGAAGCGAGCCGUAACAUCCUCCGACGGCCUCUGUCAUAUGCUGAGAAGAUUCUGUUUGCCCACGCAGAUAAUCUUGGAGAGGAACGUUUUGUGCGUGGAAAAACUCAGCUCAAGUUGAGACCGCGACGCAUUGCCUGUCAAGAUGCAACCGCUCAGAUGGCUCUCAUUCAGUUCAUGUCUGAUGGACUCGACUCUACGGCAGUUCCCACAACGAUUCACUGUGAUCACCUAAUCGUGUCAAAGGAUGGUGAAGAAAAAGACCUACCUAACGCUCUAGGUAUGCAUAGCGAGGUAUACGACUUCAUGUCAAGUGCGGCCAAGCGCUUCAACAUGGGAUUCUGGAAACCGGGUGCAGGCAUCAUUCAUCAGACUGUGCUGGAGAACUACGCUUUUCCAGGCGGCCUGAUGGUCGGAACUGAUUCACACACACCAAAUGCUGGCGGCAUGGGGAUGGUUGCUAUUGGUGUGGGAGGCGCUGAUGCUGUCGAUGUAAUGGCGGGCCUACAUUUUGAGUUGACGGCGCCUAGAAUCAUUGGGAUUCGACUGAGCGGGAAACUUUCUGGAUGGGCUACGCCAAAGGACAUCAUCAACCAUCUGGCUGGCAUCUUGACUGUCAAAGGCGGUACCGGUUCCAUUCUCGAGUUCUUUGGACCUGGAACGGAGACCCUAUCGGCCACGGGCAUGGCAACUGUGACUAAUAUGGGAGCUGAAACUGGCGCAACAACCUCGAUCUUCCCAUUCUCGGAGGUCAUGGGGCGAUACCUGGAGGCAACCAACCGUCACGAUAUCGCACAAGCCGUUCGUUUCGCCUCCCAUGAGCUCCGCGCUGAUGAACAGGUUGAGUAUGAUCGAGUAGUAGAGAUUGACCUAUCAUCCUUGGAGCCUCGGAUAAAUGGACCAUUCACCCCUGACCUUUCCACUCCCAUGAGUAAGUUUGCGGAAACUGUCUUACACGAAUCAUGGCCGAGAAAUUUGACCGCCGGUCUCAUCGGGUCCUGCACAAACUCUUCCUUUGAGAAUAUGACCAAAGCGGCGGCGGUUGCGAAGCAGGCGUUAGAUGCUGGUUUGCGUCCAAAGAUGCCUCUGCUGCUAUCACCUGGCAGUGAACAAACGAGGCAGACGCUCCAAGAUAGCGGUGCUCUUGACACAUUUAAGCAACUACAAAGUACUCUGCUCACCAACGCCUGUGGACCCUGCUGCGGCUCAUGGGAUCGACAAGACAUGAAGAAGGGGAUUGAAAAUUCCAUCAUUACCUCUUACAACCGGAAUUUUACUGGGCGGCUUGACGGAAACCCUGCCACCAACAUUUUUCUCGCAUCGGCGGAAAUCGUAAUGGCCAAAAUCUUCUCAGACGACCUUGCUUUUGAUCCUACCAAGGAUAGUCUAGUGACGCCUGGUGGCAAAGAGUUCAAGUUUCAGCCACCCGUGGGAGAUUCGCUACCAUCCAAUGGAUACGCAAACACAGACCACGUCUAUACAAGCCCUCCAUCAAGCGGUCGUGAAGACGUGGAGAUCCAAAUCUCCAACACCUCGGAACGUCUGCAACGUCUCGCACCGUUUCCACGCUGGCCCGGCUCGGACCCCGAGAAUUGUGUGAUUCUCAUCAAAGCUAAAGGGAAAUGCACGACCGACCAUAUCACCCCCGCGGGGCCUUGGUUGCGAUACAGAGGCCAUCUGGAAAACAUCUCUAAUAACACACUUAUUGGCGCGGUGAACGCAGAGAACGGCAAGGUUAACAACGUGCGAAACUGGCUUACAGGCGAAGAGGGCGAUGUUCCCGGAACUGCGAAGAGAUAUCGAGAACUGUCACAGCCGUGGGUGGUUAUUGGUGAUCACAACUACGGCGAAGGAAGUUCGCGAGAACACGCGGCUCUUCAGCCGCGAUAUCUUGGCUGUGUUGCCAUCAUCGCUAAAAGCUUUGCCCGUAUCCACGAAACCAAUUUGAAGAAGCAAGGAUUGCUGGCACUCACAUUUACUCGCGAAGAUGAUUACGAUCGAAUCCAGUCAUCAGAUCGAAUCAGCAUAAUUGGGUUGAAGGAUGUUUCUGUAGUGAAGAACCUGAUACUCAGCGUUACGUCCAAUGCCGACAGUAAUACGUGGGAUACGGAAGUCAGCCACACGAUGACCCAGGAGCAGAUUGAAUAUUUCAAGUCCGGAAGUGCUUUGAAUCUUAUGGCAGAGCGUAAGAAUGGUGGAGAAAUAGGGACUGGGAAUUGA